GCGACUUCCUGUUGAGUGAGUAAGGGGAACUGGGCCAGCCCUCACAUGUUACUGGCUGCUGUCUCUACCAGGACCGUCAGAGCAGAACCAGGGAGGAGAAAAGCCAACAGAACCAGGUCCGGUCCGUCUGAGCUGGGCUGCUAACCCGUUCUGACCCGAGUCCUUCACAGCUGUGGCAAUACGUGUGGAUCAGAGGGAACGGCUGGACUCAGAGCGGUCCUCACAGAGACACACACACACAGUCACAUCUGGAGAACAUCAGCAGAGUGGGCGGUUCUGGUCCCGGGCGGGUUGGCUGGAUCGGAUCAGACUGCUGCCAGUUCUCACACUGAAUCAGCUGCUUCCCCGUCGGGUUCUGGUGGUUUCUGGGACCGGUUCUGGUCCGGUAGCUCUCAGGGGAGGAGGGGUCUGCAGCAGAACCAUGAAGCGUCUCGUUGGGACUCUGCUGUUGGUGUCCGUCCUGCCGUCCCUCUGCAGCGUCUCUCUGCCUCCGGACACCGAGUGCGGCAUGUCCUACCGUCUACGAGCCUUCCGGGUGACCACCAGGUGUAACCUGACCACCCUAAAGGAGAAGCAGGUGAAGGAGAUCCAGGGUUUGACCACCAACCUGCUGCUGCCGAUCAUCUACCUGUUGACCUUCUGCAUCGGUCUGCCCACCAACCUGUUGGCUCUCUGGAUUCUCGUGUUCCGGACCAAACGUCGGCCGUCGACUGCGCUGCUCAUUAACCUCACUGUGAUAGACUGCUUGCUGUUCCUGGUUCUGCCGUUUCGGAUCGUCUACCACUUCCGGGGGAACCACUGGGAGCUGGGGGAGCCUCUCUGCCGGAUCGUCAUGGCGAUGCUUUACGGGAACAUGUACAGUUCGGUCUGGUCCCUGGCCUUCGUGGCUGUGGACCGGUACGUGGCUGUGGUUCACCCAUUUGGCGCGAAGAGAUUGCGCAGCCGGCGGUGGUCUCUGGGCCUGACGGCCGCGGUGUGGAUGGUGAUGCUGGCCGCCAUGUUGCCUUUGCUGCUGUCCCGGCAGACUUACCCUCUGGACGACCCCAACAUCACCACCUGCCACGACGCGCUGCCCGAGAGCGUGCAGGAGAACUACUUCCUGCCGUACUUCGCCACGCUGUUCACCACCUGCUUCCUGGUGCCCUUCAUCGUCGUGAUGUUCUGCCAUGGCGCCGUACUGCGCACCCUGCUGGCUGAAGGCAGGAAGUACUGUCACGCCAUCGAGGUGACGCUUCUGAUGAUACUGAUGUUCGUGGCGUUCCUGCUGCCCUGUAACGUCCUCCUGAUCCUGACCUACAGCGACAGCUGGCCGGACGGUGAGGACCUGUACGUCCACUACAUGACCAGCCUGGCCUUCAGCACCUUCAACAGCUGCUUCCACCCCUUCGUCUUCUACUUUGUCUCCAGAGAUUGCAGAGAAAGAACCAGGAAUGCUCUGUGCUGCAUCCCUGACAUGGAGGACAAACCGUCCUCUCGGGGGACACGCACCUCCUCGUCAGCGGGACAGAGGUCAAAGGUCACUCUGCUGACCAUGACAAGUUACAAGGGACGCCUGACCCAGCAGCCAGAGGUCAACAUGAUGACAUGACGGUCAGCUGAUGCCGGACCGCUGGGCCUCCAGAUUCUCCUUCAAGUAAAAGAAAUAUCGAUAUGAAAAGGCAAAAGAAACAAAGAACAAAAAAAAUCUGCCAUUUAUCUCAGAAAAAAAUAAUAAUUAAUUUUUAGUCCCCCCCCCCCAUUAUUACAACAAUGGUUCAGUCCAAAGUGUGGGAGGAGCAACAGCUGAAUGGUACCGGCUCCGUUAGAGCCGCUGGAGGGAGGAGCUAGCUGUUAGCUGCUAGCUAGCUGUUAGCUGCUAGCUGUGGCUCUGCAGCACAAAUAAAAACCCUCCAGUCAGUAAAUACUUCAAGCAAAAGACAUAUAAACAUUUUAUUUACUUUCACUGCUCAAUAAGAAGAAACUCAUGAACAAUAAAAAUCAUUCUGCAGUUUGUUAUUUCAUUACUUUGACUGAAUCAUCAUAAGCUGCCUUAUUAGCAAAACUGCUACACUGCUUUCAUAGAUUUAACCUUUGACCUUUUUUGUCAAAGGCAGCAAACAUCUCAUUCAUAUUUAGCUCUUUAACUUUUAGUUAAUCAGAAGAGUUUGAAACUGGAGGAGGGUCUGAGGAAGUGAAGCAGCUCAGAGUUGGAGCCCAGAACAGAUAGAAAAAACUAAAGUUAUGUUUUUAUUUCUCACUGUCUUCAAUGUAGAGCCUUUAAAACCACAAAAUAAAAUCAAAAUAUUUUUCUAUAUAAACCCUGGUGCUUUAAAUGUUACGUUUAAAUUAUGAUAUUCCCCAGAUAUUCAUUUCUAUCUAAUUAUCAGUUCUCAGCCAUCCAGGACAUGACAAACUAAAAAAACGCUUAUAAAUAAAGCAACUUAACAAAUUUAAAUAGCCCAUAACUUGUAUUGAGAACCAUUCAAUAAAUCAAUGUUUAUGAUGAACUUUAUUAAGAGCAGUUAAUCAUUAAAGCUUUUUUAUUUAGAGCCUUAAAUGUUUGUAAAGGUGUAGCAGAAAUUAGAUCAGACUGAA